UAAAACACUUGCGUAAAAAACAAAUGUAAGUAAUUUGUGAUUCUUCUGCUCCUGUGAGUUGCGCUUGUUUCCUGCACGAUAAACUAAAAUGUGGCACCAAGCAAAAUAUGCACCAUUACAAUACAACAUAAACAACUGCAACGCUUUGGUUUCCAUCUAUUUGCAACACUCAAAACUAACUCGCAUUGCUUUAGUUAAAAUCACACAUCGAAUCAAAAAAUCAUAACUAAAUAUAUAUGCAAAAACGAAGAAGAAAACAAAGCAAUGUCGGAUCUCUUUACCACUUUUGAUAGCAACAGCGGCGGGCAACAGCACGAAACGACAACAACAAUAAUGGCCUCGCCCUCACAGCACAGCCCCAUGACAAACAACAGUAACUCAUCCUCACAGAACGGUGGCUCAACAUCGGCCCCAGUUGGUAGUGGUGGUGGUGGUAGUGGUGUUGGCAGUGGCAGUGGUGCGGGGGCAAGUGGUAAAAGCGCUAGCCACAAUACAGCAACUGGCGCUGAGAACACACCAAUGUUAACCAAGCCACGUCUCACGGAGCUGGUGCGAGAAGUGGAUCCCGCAACGCAGCUGGAUGAGGAUGUCGAGGAACUGUUGCUGCAGAUCAUCGAUGAUUUCGUUGAGGACACGGUGAAAUCGACAAGUGCCUUUGCCAAGCAUCGUAAAUCAAAUAAAAUCGAGGUGCGCGACGUUCAAUUACAUCUGGAGCGAAAAUAUAAUAUGUGGAUACCGGGCUUCGGAACCGACGAACUGCGUCCCUACAAGCGAGCCGCUGUCACUGAGGCGCACAAGCAGCGCCUCGCCCUGAUAAGGAAAACGAUUAAAAAGUAUUAGAAGUGCUUCGGGUGCUAAGGGGAGUCUCUAUGCAGGAUUGCUUCUUUUUAUUGCAAAGUUUUGGAAAUUACACUCCAUUUGAUUGAUUUGUAUGCCCUUAAGUUAAUAGAAUAAGCUAAAAAUACAACGGAUUUUAGCAGUAAAUGCAAUGAAUAUCAUCACUGCUCUACAAUAGUUUAAA